UUUUGCCUCCCCAAGAUGGCGCCGAAAGCCAAGAAGGAGGCUGUCCCAGCUAAGACUGAGGCAAAGUCCAAAGCCCUGAAGGCUAAAAAGGCAGUCUUGAAAGGUGUCCACAGUCACACCAAGAAGAAGAUUAGGACGUCACCCACCUUCCGGGACUCCAGAAAAACCACCAAGCGGCUAAUGCGGAGUGUUUCCUCAGCCUCAACUGGCUAUCCGCGGAAGAGUGCACCAAGACGAAACAAGUUGGACCACUAUGCUAUCAUUAAGUUCCCACUGACUACAGAGUCCGCUAUGAAGAAGAUAGAGGACAACAACACAUUGGUCUUCAUUGUGGACGUGAAAGCAAACAAGCACCAGAUCAAACAGGCAGUCAAGAAGUUGUAUGACAUUGACGUGGCCAAGGUCAACACGCUGAUUCGGCCUGAUGGUGAGAAAAAGGCUUACGUCCGCCUUGCUCCCGAUUAUGAUGCGCUUGAUGUUGCCAACAAGAUUGGGAUCAUCUAAGCAGAGUAUUGCCAGAGCUGUACAAUAGAGUUGCACAAUAAAUACUUAUUACUACCA